CUUCAUCUUGUUUAGAUUGGAUAUAUAUAUAUAUAUAUAUAUAUAUACAAUUAUUAUUAUUAUUAUUAUUAAUUUGGAGGCUCCUCUAAACUUGGCAGAAGUUUCUGCCACCAUAUCAGGAGCUGCUGGUGCUAAAUUUAGCCAGUUUAUAUGAUCUGCUUGUCGAUCCAAACAUUUUCCAUUCCUAGAGAAUCACACAUUCUAAUUGGGUUUGGUGGUGAUCCAUUUCAAUUACAUGUCACUAAGAGGAAAUUGAGUUUGAAUUUUAAUUUGAAAUCCAAGGCCGUUUGCGUCGUGCCUGCUUUGGGGGGAGUUUUAGGGUUGAACAAGUCAUCAUCGUCAACUGUAUCGAUGCCGAAACAAGUCCUCGCGGCUUCUUCGGUGAUGAUAACCUCGGGCGCCAGCGGACGCGUCAACGCGCUGUUCUCGCUGCGAAUGCUCAACAACUUGCUCCUGCUCAUCAAUGCCUUGGUUAUGCUAAGGUCUUGUUGCGAGAAAAUGAAGGAUGACAAACAUAAACAGCACAGCAGCAGCAGGAGGAAGAAGGGGGAACGACUGGUGCGAGUGCCGGCCUCUGUGCCCUGGAAGAGCAGCGCUGUCGACCAGGAGGUGGCGGCCAGGAGAGCCCUCGCUAUUCAGAGAGUCACACACUUCAUCGAUGACAAUUCACGCAGGGUUUUUUCUCUCUUCGUUACGCCCAGAGGCUACACAAUGUUCACGCAGUCGUGGUCUCCUGUUUCCAAAGAAAUCAGGGGAGUUGUGGUUGUUUUGCAUGGCCUGAAUGAACACGGUGACAGGUAUAGUGAAUUCGCAAAGGAGCUGAACACAAAUGGAUACAAGGUUUAUGCAAUGGAUUGGAUUGGGAAGGGUGGGCCUGGCGUAGCGGUAAAGCUACCCCUUUGUGACCUGGUGGUCACGGGUUCGAGUCACAGAAACAGCCUCUCCGUUUGCGGCGGACAUGGUGGAAGUGAUGGGCUGCAUGCGUAUGUUCACUCUCUUGAUGAUGCUGUUACAGACACGAAAUCAUUUAUUGGAAAGGUUUUAGCUGAAAAUCCAGGACUUCCAUGUUUCUGCUUUGGCCACUCAACUGGUGCAGCCAUAGUCCUCAAGGCAGUACUUGAGCCGAAGCUUGAAACCUGUAUAGCAGGUGUUGUACUAACUUCACCUGCUGUAGGAAUUCAGCCAUCCCACCCUAUUAUCACGGUACUUGCCCCAGUUUUCUCUUUCUUGUUUCCAAGACUCCAAUUUAGUGCCGCAAACAAGCAGGGCAUUCCAGUUUCUCGUGACCCCGAUGCACUUGUGGCAAAGUAUUCAGAUCCACUGGUGUAUACUGGACCCAUCAGGAUAAGGACUGGUUAUGAGAUUCUUCGGAUCACAGCAUACUUGCAGCAGAAUCUGAGAAGAUUGAAAGUACCCUUCCUAGUUCUCCAUGGCACUGCUGACACUAUCACUGACCCUGAGGCUUCUAAAAAACUGUAUGAAGAGGCCUCCUCAACUGACAAAACCAUCAAACUCUUUGAAGGAUUCUUGCACGAUCUACUCUUUGAACCUGAAAGAGAAAUGAUUGUGAAAAACAUUAUAGAUUGGUUGAAUAUUAGAAGAAAGUAGGGUCAAUUUCUGCAUGGCAAGAAAAAUGCAAAGACACUCCUACUCCUGCUACUGCAGUGCUACUUGGCAAAUCACAGAAUGAACUACCUAGCUGACUCCCAAGUUGUAUAUGAUCAAAAUUCUGCAGAUGCGACUGAAGUGCUGCUAUAUAAGGAAACCAAGAUUUUCAUGACCCUUAUUUCUUCUUACUUCUUGCUUCAUCUCCAUGGCUACCAUUCCACAGCAACCUUCAAAACCCAACGUCAUGCCACCAUCCCUUCAACGGUAACCCACCAUCAACAAGCCAUAUCCCUACCCCCACCACCAAACAGGGUCUCUGCUGAGACUGCUUGGACUACAUCACUUUUUCACUCUCUUUCUCCACCAUGGCUGAAACCAAUCAAUCCCUUGUAUUCUUUUUUCUCUCUCUAAAAUGUUAGACCAACCUCCAUUGUCAACUACAUUCACAAGGAUCCAUAACUCUGGUGAGCAUCCACCAGUAAACCCACUAUACCAAAAUAAUUUACUAGAAUGGUUGAACCCAUCAUAAAUAACCUUUCAUAUUUAAGUUCAGUUGUACAAUUUUGAGCUUUUAUAUUACUUUUUAGAAAUGGCUGUUGAUUA